GUGGUCUCCGCCCCCCUUGCGCUGCUGUGUGGAGCCGGAGUCGGCGGUGGGUGGCGGCGCCUGGAACCUGGAGAAGGACCCACCUCCCCGCCCCGGAAUGUAGUGACUCCCCGCUCUCCGCUCUCCUCCUCUCUCCUCCCCGCUGCAGGAGGGAGGCGCCCCCGAGUCUUCCCUCCCGCGAGAGGGGCCGCGCGGGCCGGGCCGGGCCGGGCUGGAGCAGCGGCUGCGGCGGCGGCCGCGGGAGCCUAGCCUGCAGCGAGGGACUGGCUGAGGCGCGCGGGAGGGAAGGAGGCGAGGGCUCCGCCGCGCUGCCGCCGCCGCCGCUCGCGGGGAAGAGAUGGCGGCGGAGCGGAGAGCCCGGCGACUCCUCAGCACCUCCUCCUUCUGGCUCUGCUGCCUGCUGCUGCUCGAGCGCCGGGCGUCGGGCGCCGCGGCCGCCAGGAGCGGCUCCCCGCCGCAGUUCCCAGGAUUCAGCAUUCGGACAUUCACUCCAUUUUAUUUUUUGGUGGAACCAGUGGAUACCCUCUCAAUUAGAGGCUCUUCUGUUAUACUAAACUGUUCAGCAUAUUCUGAGCCUUCUCCAAAAAUUGAAUGGAAAAAAGAUGGAACUUUUUUAAACUUAGUGUCAGACGAUCGACGCCAGCUUCUCCCAGAUGGGUCUUUAUUUAUCAGCAAUGUGGUGCAUUCCAAACACAAUAAACCUGAUGAAGGUUAUUAUCAGUGUGUGGCCACUGUUGAGAGUCUUGGAACUAUUGUCAGCAGAACAGCCAAGCUCACAGUAGCAGGUCUUCCAAGAUUUUCCAGCCAACCAGAACCUUCUUCGGUUUAUGUUGGGAACAGUGCGAUUCUGAAUUGUGAAGUUAAUGCAGAUUUGGUCCCAUUUGUGAGGUGGGAACAGAACAGACAGCCUCUUCUUCUGGAUGAUAGACUUACCAAACUUCCAAGUGGAACACUAGUUAUCAGCAACGCAACUGAAGGAGAUGGGGGACUCUAUCGCUGCAUAGUUGAAAGUGGUGGGCCACCAAAGUAUAGUGAUGAAGUUGAAUUAAAAGUUCUUCCAGAUCCUGAGGUUACAUCAUCAAACUUGGUAUUUUUGAAACAACCUUCUUCCUUAGUCAGAGUCAUUGGUCAGAGUGCAGUGUUACCAUGUGUUGCUUCGGGACUUCCUACUCCAACCAUUAGAUGGAUGAAAAAUGAGGAAGCACUUGACACAGAAAGCUCUGAAAGAUUGGUAUUGCUGGCAGGUGGUAGUCUGGAGAUCAGUGAUGUCACUGAGGAUGAUGCCGGCACUUAUUUUUGUAUGGCUGAUAAUGGAAAUGAGACAAUUGAAGCUCAGGCAGAGCUUACAGUACAAGCUCAACCUGAAUUCCUGAAGCAGCCUACUAAUAUAUAUGCUCAUGAAUCUAUGGAUAUUGUAUUUGAAUGUGAAGUGACUGGGAAGCCAACUCCAGCUGUGAAGUGGGUCAAGAAUGGGGAUAUGGUUAUCCCAAGUGAUUACUUCAAGAUUGUAAAGGAACAUAAUCUUCAAGUUUUGGGUCUGGUGAAAUCAGAUGAAGGGUUCUAUCAGUGCAUUGCUGAAAAUGAUGUUGGAAAUGCACAAGCUGGAGCCCAACUGAUAAUCCUUGAACAUGAUGUUGCCAUCCCAACAUUACCUCCCACUUCACUGACCAGUGCCACUACUGACCAUCUAGCACCAGCCACAACUGGACCACUGCCUUCAGCUCCUCGGGAUGUCGUGGCCUCCCUGGUCUCUACCCGCUUCAUCAAAUUGACAUGGCGGACACCUGCAUCAGAUCCUCACGGGGACAACCUUACCUACUCUGUCUUCUACACCAAGGAGGGGGUUGCUAGGGAACGUGUUGAAAAUACCAGUCGCCCCGGAGAAAUGCAGGUAACCAUCCAAAACCUAAUGCCAGCGACUGUGUACAUCUUUAGAGUUAUGGCUCAAAAUAAACAUGGCUCCGGAGAGAGUUCAGCUCCACUACGAGUAGAAACACAGCCUGAGGUUCAGCUCCCUGGCCCAGCACCUAACAUCCGAGCAUAUGCAACUUCACCUACUUCCAUUACUGUCACCUGGGAAACACCAUUGUCUGGAAAUGGGGAAAUUCAGAAUUACAAACUGUACUACAUGGAAAAAGGAACUGAUAAAGAACAGGAUGUUGAUGUUUCAAGUCACUCCCACACCAUUAACGGGUUGAAAAAAUAUACAGAGUAUAGUUUCCGAGUGGUGGCCUACAAUAAACAUGGUCCUGGAGUCUCCACACAAGAUGUUGCUGUUCGAACAUUUUCAGAUGUUCCCAGUGCUGCUCCUCAGAAUCUGUCUUUAGAAGUAAGAAAUUCAAAGAAUAUUGUGAUUCACUGGCAGCCACCUCCUCCGGCCACACAAAACGGGCAGAUCACUGGCUACAAGGUUCGCUACCGAAAGGCCUCCCGAAAGAGCGAUGUCACUGAGACCUUGGUGACUGGGACACAGCUGUCGCAGCUGAUUGAAGGUCUUGAUCGGGGGACUGAAUAUAAUUUCCGAGUGGCUGCUCUAACAAUCAAUGGUACAGGCCCUGCUACUGACUGGCUGUCUGCUGAAACUUUUGAAAGUGACUUAGAUGAAACUCGUGUCCCUGAAGUGCCUAGUUCUCUUCACGUCCGCCCACUUGUCACUAGCAUCGUAGUAAGCUGGACACCUCCGGAGAAUCAGAACAUUGUGGUCAGAGGUUAUGCCAUUGGUUAUGGCAUUGGCAGCCCUCAUGCCCAGACCAUAAAAGUGGACUAUAAACAGCGCUAUUACACCAUCGAAAAUCUGGAUCCCAGCUCUCACUAUGUGAUUACCCUGAAAGCGUUUAACAAUGUGGGUGAAGGUAUCCCCCUCUAUGAGAGUGCUGUGACCAGACCUCACACAGUGCCAGAUCCUACUCCCAUGAUGCCACCAGUGGGAGUUCAGGCUUCCAUUCUGAGUCAUGACACCAUAAGGAUUACAUGGGCAGACAACUCACUGCCCAAACACCAGAAGAUUACAGACUCCCGAUACUACACAGUCCGAUGGAAAACCAACAUCCCAGCAAACACCAAGUAUAAGAAUGCUAAUGCAACGACUUUGAGUUAUUUGGUGACUGGUUUAAAACCAAAUACACUCUAUGAAUUCUCUGUGAUGGUGACCAAAGGUCGAAGAUCAAGCACAUGGAGUAUGACAGCACAUGGGACCACUUUUGAAUUAGUUCCUACUUCUCCACCCAAGGAUGUGACAGUUGUGAGUAAAGAGGGAAAACCUAGGACCAUAAUUGUAAAUUGGCAGCCUCCCUCUGAAGCCAAUGGCAAAAUUACAGGUUACAUCAUAUAUUACAGUACGGACGUGAAUGCAGAGAUACACGACUGGGUUAUUGAGCCUGUUGUGGGAAACAGGCUGACUCACCAGAUACAAGAAUUAACACUUGACACACCAUACUACUUCAGAAUCCAAGCUCGGAACUCAAAGGGCAUGGGGCCCAUGUCUGAAGCUGUCCAGUUCAGAACACCCAAAGCCUCAGGGUCUGCAGGGAAAGGAAGCCGUCUGCCAGACCUAGGAUCCGACUACAAACCUCCGAUGAGCGGCAGUAACAGCCCUCAUGGAAGCCCCACCUCUCCUCUAGACAGUAACAUGCUGCUGGUCAUCAUCGUUUCCGUCGGCGUCAUCACCAUCGUGGUGGUCGUGAUCGUCGCUGUCUUUUGCACCAGGCGGACCACUUCUCACCAGAAAAAGAAACGAGCUGCUUGCAAAUCAGUGAAUGGCUCCCACAAGUACAAAGGGAACUCCAAAGAUGUCAAACCCCCAGACCUCUGGAUCCAUCAUGAGAGACUGGAGCUGAAACCCAUUGAUAAGUCUCCAGACCCAAACCCCAUCAUGACUGAUACUCCAAUUCCUCGUAACUCUCAAGAUAUCACACCGGUUGACAAUUCCAUGGACAGCAACAUCCAUCAAAGGCGGAAUUCAUAUAGAGGGCAUGAAUCAGAGGACAGCAUGUCUACACUGGCUGGAAGGCGGGGAAUGAGACCAAAAAUGAUGAUGCCCUUUGACUCCCAGCCACCCCAGCCUGUGAUUAGUGCCCAUCCCAUCCAUUCCCUCGAUAACCCUCACCAUCAUUUCCACUCCAGCAGCCUCGCUUCUCCAGCUCGCAGUCAUCUCUACCACCCGGGCAGCUCAUGGCCCAUUGGCACAUCCAUGUCCCUUUCAGACAGGGCCAGUUCCACAGAAUCUGUUCGAAACACCCCCAGCACUGACACCAUGCCAGCCUCCUCGUCUCAAACAUGCUGUACUGAUCACCAGGAUCCUGAAGGUGCUACCAGCUCCUCUUACUUGGCCAGCUCCCAAGAGGAAGAUUCAGGCCAGAGUCUUCCUACAGCCCACGUGCGCCCUUCCCACCCACUGAAGAGCUUUGCUGUGCCAGCAAUCCCUCCCCCAGGUCCUCCCACCUAUGAUCCAGCGUUGCCAAGCACACCAUUACUAUCCCAGCAAGCUCUAAAUCAUCACAUUCACUCGGUGAAGACGGCCUCCAUCGGGACUUUAGGAAGGAGCCGGCCUCCUAUGCCAGUGGUGGUUCCCAGUGCCCCUGAAGUGCAGGAGACCACAAGGAUGCUGGAAGACUCCGAGAGUAGCUAUGAACCAGAUGAGCUGACCAAAGAGAUGGCCCACCUGGAAGGACUGAUGAAGGACCUGAACGCCAUCACGACAGCAUGAUGACCUGGACCGGGACGUGACUCCGGACCUGAGUCUAGAAGUCUUGGGACUUAGCCUUGAAAACAAGGAGUUGUACAGAGCACGAGAGGACAGCACUUGAAAACACAGAGUGAGCAGGCCGCCCAGCCAGCACCCCCGCGUGGGGCCAGCUCCAGGCCUGGCCGCCUGCCUUCUCCUGGUCGGCCUAGAAGACGCCAUGUCAAGGCAGCUUCCCUUUGCCUGCCGAUACCCUGCAGGACUGGGCACCAUGGGCCAAAAUUUUGUGUCCAGGGAAGAGGCAAGAAGUGCAACCUCUGUUUCACUUUGUGGUCAGGCUGUGUCUUCAUGCUGCGACGGCAUCGCCUUUAUGGAGUGUAGACGUUGGCAUUUAUGUACAAUUUUAUUUGUGUCCUAUUUUAUUUUACCUUCAAAAGAAAAACACUAUCAACAACCAAGGAAGUCUGUGGUGUUCUCCACAAGUGGUUGACAUUUGACUACUUGUUUGAAUUAUGUAUGGAAAGUCAUUGACAGUGUGGGUUGUUCCAGGGGUUGGCUUGUUUUGUGUUUUUGUUUUUAUUUUUGAUUCUGAGUCAUUGCAUCCUCUACCAGCUGUUAAUCCAUCACUUUGAGGGGGGGGGAGGAAAUGUUGCAUUGCUGUUUGUAAGCUUUUUUAUUUUUUUUAUUAUAAUUAUUAAAGGCCUGACUUUCUCCUCUCAUCACUGUGAGAUUACAGAUCUAUCUGAAUGAAAUGUAACAUUGAAAAGACUUGUUUGUUGCUUUCUGUGCAGUUGCAGUAUUGGGGUGGUGGGGGCUGGGGGGGUUGGGAACUGGAAAUUGAGGGGCUGCUGAGGUCCUGUGAAUGUUUCAGUCAUUGUACUUUCUUCCAGAAGCCUGCAGAGAAUGGAAGCAUCUUCUUCAUUGUCCUGGCAUGUCCAUCUCUAUUGUCACUAAGUUGCAACUGGAGUUUCAUUUGGAUCUAGUUAAAAAUUUCUUCUGUGCAAUAGGUGGGUUCGAGGAUGUAGCCGCCCUGGUGUCUUGGUCAUAUCCUGAUAAGAAUGUCCACGCUGAGGAGUCAGGCGCUGUAUUGCAGGAGUGAUGCAGGACAGGGCACGAGCCUGGCCGACUUCCUGGGAAAUCGGAGAAGAGGAUAGAGACCCUUUCCUGCUGUUACCGUGUGUUCCCUUCGGGGAAGUCGGAGGUUAAGGAGGGAGCUUUGUUCCCAUGUAGGACUCCUUGCUUCUCCCUAGUUCCUGUCCUCAGCCAGUCCAGCUCUCACUUCCACGCCUCAGAGCCCCGUGGGGAAGGCGUUAGCAAGAAUGAAGCAGGCAGGGGGUGCAGCACCAGUGAGGCUCCCCACUUCUUUCUGAACAUUGUUCUGUACGUAGCAGGGGACGGGGACAGCGGCCUCCCCAGCUCCCACACACCAUCCCAGCAGCUCAGCUAAGCCCCUGAUUUGAACAGGGCAGCAGGAGGUCUCUGAGGUGUGCUGAGAGGCUGGCCACACAAGAAGCCUUUGCCUUUGCAGGAGGUUCUUGUGUACUUUUUCUUAAAAAUGUAAGGAGCUGAGAUUUUUUUUUUUUUGGUUUAAUAUUAAGAAUCUAUUAAGAAAAAAUACAGGACUGACCCUCAAGCAUCUUCCCCUACUCCCCAACAAAUCCCCAGAAGAGAGUGUGGAAGGCAGUGCAGAAGGCAGAUCGAGCUUUGGUUCUGUAGCCAAGAAGAGGUCAGCUGCUGAGAACACCAGUGGGCGCUCGGACCCACCUGCCCCGGGGCCUGUGCUCUGCCCUGGCCACACAGGCGCCCCACUUGCCUUUGUACCUUGGUUAUUUACCCUAUUUAGGUCUUAUCACACAUUUGCUUUUCUAGAAGAUGAACUCUCUUUCUUAACUGGGGGCAAUGAAAAGUGCAAUGCUGGAACUCCUGUUGCCCUGCUAGCUGGUCACGGAGGAUAGUGCCAGGCCGGAUUCUGGAAACCCAGUGCACUUAAACUGAUCCUGAAAAGAGCACUCAGAGCACUCUGGACACCAGGAGGGCUAGAUUCCCCAGAAACUGUCUUACCUUUUGCCCAAAGAAACGUGCUCGGUAUUCGGGGCAUCCCCUCCCAUGAACCCUGAUACUUCGGUUACCUCAGGGCCUUGGCACCUGGAUACUGCCACAGAACUGGGGUGGGGGGAGGGGCCUAUUUUUAAAUAACUGUUCAAAGUUGGGGGAUUUUUUUAAAUUAAGAAAAAGGAAAGUUAUUCUGUAUUGCACCUUUUCACAGUUUAAUACAUUUUCUUACAUUUUCCUGUGAUUUUUGAAAUUAAACCAUUGUGUGUCUUGUAAUGUCCUAGUAGAGCUGCUGACCAGCAGCUUCCUUCAGGAGGAUUUGGAGCAAAUGUGUCUGUUGCCUUGUCACCUGCUGGAAAGGGACCUGGAGGGCUGCUGGGGACUAGUUUCUGUACACACUUGUUUGGCCUUUUCUGUAGUUGAUGCUGUAAACUCUAUGGCUUUUUGAAAAACAAUUUCAUGUUUUUAUUUAGUAUUGGAAAUCCAAUACACUUUUUUUAAUCCAAUCAA